AUGACCGGUCGUUUGGCAGGAAAGAUUGCUCUGGUCUCCGGCUCCACCCAGGGCUUUGGGAGAGGGAUCCUUGAGACUUUCGUCAAGGAGGGGGCGCUGGUUCUGGGAUUGGACUUGCAGGCCACUGACGGUCCAGUUGAUGGAUACUCAGAGAGCCAAGCUUAUCAGAUUAAGGCCAACGUAGCCGAAGAAGCAAGCUGGAAAAAGGCACUUGAGACGUCAGUUCAACGCUUCGGCAAAGCGCCCUCUAUCGUCGUCCACAACGCUGGCUGGUCCUACCCCAACAAGUCGAGCAUCGACGUCACCCUCGAAGAGUUCAACCGUGCCUUCGAGGUAAACGUCAAGAGCAUCUUCCUCGCCUCCAAGAUCCUCAUCCCCGAGAUGAAAAAGAACGGCACCGGCUCGACCAUCGUCAUCUCCAGCGAAAACGCGAUCCGGCCCGGCGCCCUGCAGACGUGGUACAACGCCACCAAGGCCGGCGUGUCUUCGGCGACCAAGUCCAUGGCGCUGGAGUUUGCCCGGGACCAGCUCCGGUUCAACACGAUCUGCCCGACCUCGGGCAACACGCCUCUCCUCAACAAGUUUGCGGGCAUCGCGGACGGGCCUGUGCCGGCGGAGAUUAUCAAGGCCAAGUGUGAGGCGAUCCCGAUUGGGCGCCUCGUGGAGCCCUCUGAUGUGGCUAAUGUAGCUCUUUUCCUUGCUGAGCCGGCUAGCUCGAUUAUCAGUGGUGUCGAGAUUCUCGUUGAUGGAGCGCGGUGCGUGUAA